AUGCAAGGCCCUCCGCGCCGCUACUCCGUCCUGUACGGCGAGAUUGUAGAGAAUCCAGAGCUUGCGAAGUUCCGGAGAAACCUGGGCCUGUGGGCUUGGAUGCUGUACAACGAAACGGGGGAAAUCGAUAAGUUACGCCGAGAAUGUGAUGACCUUAUCGAGACCAUUGGCGCGGAGACUUCUGGCUGGACCGUCCGCACACUCCUGGAUUAUCACCAGGCCUACGACUUGGAUGACCACCCAGUCUUGAGAUCCAAGAUUGACGCUCUAAAGAUCUCGGUCCGGCAAUACAGCAAAGAUCUCUGUCUUGCAACCCAUGUUGCCAACUUACCUCACCAGUCCGACGUCUAUGCUCGACAUUUCGCUGCUCGAAAGAGUUUGUUCGAGGAUGGUCUGUUUGGACCAACCAAGGAAGAGGCGGCCAUGUAUACCCAGGUUCCGUCGCAUGCCGAUGCAUGUUCUUUUAAGGACGGCGACCUAGAUGAGCAAGACAUGUUGACUGCUUUCGUGAUUCGGCACCUCGAAUCAGUCAAUACGUACGUGACGCGGUUCAUCACUCGCGUCCGAAGACAACGAUCUCUUGAGGAUGGCGUUGCAUCCCAGCGAUACCUUGAGCUGGACAAGAUACAAAUGGUCGCCAACAUACUCACCGGAAUAUAUGUACCAGUAUUCCUAGCAAUAUGCUUGGGUAUUCUGAGCUGCAUCGAAUCUGAGAAAAACCGUAUUGUUGUGCUCGGUGUGCUUGGUAUUCUGCUUGCGCUCCUCAUGGUCGUGUGCGUCCCGGUGCCGAAACGUAACGACAUGUUCGCAAUUAUGGCGGCCUUCUUCGCUGUGGGUGGUAUCUUCAUAGGAGCGAAGCGUGAGAGCGAUUGA